AUGGCUAUAUUUGGUGAUAUUGAAAAGAAAAAGGAGGAAUUACGACUCAUGGUUGGGGAGAGGUACAGGGAUCUUAUUGAUGCAGCCGAUACUAUUACUGAGAUGAAAGACUUCACUAAAAAGAUCAGAGUAUCAGUAGAAGGGAUCCAGCAUCAAUGUAAAGACUUACAUCAGUCACACAAGUGUCAUGGUGUUGSAGGCUCCGCUAAACUUCCAUCAGUUUCUCCACAAACCAAGAGCRGUUUUUAUAGUCUUGCUGCUCAAAUGAAGCUACUGGUAGACACCCCAGAGAAGAUAURGAGUGCAUUAGAAAGACAUCAAUACCUCAAAGCAGCUCGUUUGUAUCUUCUCUCUCAUCAUAUUGUUAGUAUAUUACACCUGGAUUCUGGUACUACUGCUGCUCCUAAAGUCUUGUCAUCAUUUCCAAUCCUUCAAAGACAAUGGGCUGCAAUAAGUCAUUUUAAAGAUUCUAUAAUUCAGGGCAGUCGCACUCUUCUUAAGGAUGCUACUCAGCCUGAUGAGGCUGUGACAGAAGCCCUUUGCUCUGUUUUACUUCUUGARGAAAGCUCACCAAGACAAGUUUUCUCUGAAUUCAUCCUCGCAAGAAAAUCUACUUUACAAGAAAUAUUUCACCCUAGUCAGCACUCUACUAGUAUCAGAUCUCAAGUCUGUGAACUCAUCAGGGUAAUAAGAACCAGUUUGUAUCAAAUCUACAGUUUGUUUGUCUGCGAUGUUCAAAAUGGUGAUCAAGUCCAUGAAAUCAAAGAUAAUCCUGCAUUGUUAUUUCAAACUUUACAUCAAGUGACAAAACGUAAUGCUUCAGAUCCGAACAGUGAUGAAGAAGCCUUGGAAGCUUUGUUUGGCCCUGACUUUGACCUAGUGACCAGUGCAAGAUAUCUUCCCAAAUCAGUACUAGAAUACAGGCCUCACAUGAGGGCUUUCUCCGCUACAAUUCCGCUGCACAAUAUUCAAAGCAACUGCGAAGAAUGGAUCAAAAUGUGUCAAAAGGACGUAACUAACGGAGUUAGUAAGCUUCUUAAGUACAUUGGUACACUGAAAGGACUUGCUUCGAUAAGAGAUGCUGUCUGGGAGCUUCUUAAAGAGUGUAAUGCAAGUGUCGUACAAGAACACCAAGGGCUUGAAUGGGAUCAACUAUGUUCCAAAGUUGUCAAUCAUGAAGUGUCACUAUGGGACAUGUUUAUGAGGCAAAUAUUUCUUGACAGAUCAAAGGACAUUCUACGAGGGAUGUUUGAUGCCACUAUCACGUCAUGUCAGCACAUGAUGACCCAAUCACAGGACGAUCUCGCAGAUUACCAUAGMAACGACAUCAACGUCACUUCCGAACGCGACAUAUCGCAUUACGUUUGGCACGAAAGUCCAAAUGAUGUUCCUCUUGCAUCAUUAUGGGGCACACAUUUAAGCGGUGCAAAACAACAAGKGCAGGAUGGUGGAGGGCUGGCAAUGAAAGCACGAGGAUGUACCCCAGCUGUGCAAAGACUAUGUAUGACAAUCAAUGAUCGACUAGCAGCAACACUAGAGGACGCCCAGUACUUUAUAUCAAAACCCAAAGAGGUCAAAACACCAGAGAAGCAGCGAUUGUCGGCGAGUGGGAGAGCAGAGGAUCUUGGGAUUAUUUCUGUAACUAAAGGGCCAGAAGAAAAGGAGCCGUUUGACCGUUACGGGGACGCUAAAAGUAUCCAGAGUUUCYUAGAAGAAACUUGCUUUAAUGCUUUUAACAGACUACUCAACGAAUUGGGCGAAAUACUGGAUGAUCACAAGAACAAAAUCAAAUCGUCUACAUCUGCGUAUAAUACAAUGUAUAUAGAUAGAGUUCUGUUGGUCGGUCGUUUCUGCUCAUGUCUGGUUGAGCAAUGUCCGCAUCUCAAAUUAGCCAUGAAAGGUCAAGGUCAGCUCGACCAACCUACCAGCAGCCGUCAAUCAGCUCCCAGGAUAACAAGGCAAUCAAGCCUGUCCAAGAGAAAGAGCGAACAAGAAACAAAUAGCAAGUUAAAAGAACUGUCAGGACUUCUUAARAAGAGAUAUUUCGAUGCAUUUAGAUUAUGGAAAGACUGGGUGUGUGAUUUUUUCCUGAAGUCGUACGARAACUCCCUUAUUACAGGCGGUUUACAGUCAGCUUUGUUCUCCAUGACAAGUUGGGAAGAACUUAAGAUUGAAGAAGAAUCGGAAACUGGAAGCAAAGUUCAGUCAAUGAUACGAGUUCCUUUGCAGGUYCUUUUUGGAAUACUGGUCAGUUUGGAUAAGCAUUCUAAUMACUCUUUCGGUGUGACGUCAAGACCCUCUUCAGGAUCUCAAGAUCAGCAUAAUAUUAUGCCUCUGGCUCCCAACCCCCCUCGGUUUACUCUGCUUCCUCUUAGUUCGCACCAUAGUUCUCUUUACCAGCCCACCGCGGACCAUGACACCCGAAAGAUUAGCCGRCAGAGUGCUGAAACGGACUCAUCAUCGUCUCUCCAGACUAGUACGGCAUUCUGUAGACAUUACAAUUUCUUUGAUGUCCAGAAAACACCCCUAGAAGCAUUAUAGCACUUAUGGUUUGAUCAAAACCAAUAAUAUGACCAAACUCGUGCUGUGAUUGGCUACUGUUCACUGGAUAUCAGCUCAUAUCCUGUAGUUUAUUCUCAACCGAUGGAUAUAAGCAAACUCGUGCUGUGAUUGGCUACUGUUCACUAGAUAUCAGCUUAUAUCCCUUAGUUUAUUCUUAACCGACGGAUAUGAACAAACUCGUGCUGUGAUUGGCUACUGUUCACUGGAUAUCAGCUCAUAUCCUGUAGUUUAUUCUCAACCGAUGGAUAUAAGCAAACUCGUGCUGUGAUUGGCUACUGUUCACUAGAUAUCAGCUUAUAUCCCUUAGUUUAUUCUUAACCGACGGAUAUGAACAAACUCGUGCUGUGAUUGGCUACUGUUCACUGGAUAUCAGCUCAUAUCCUGUAGUUUAUUCUCAACCGAUGGAUAUAAGCAAACUCGUGCU